CAACAAUAUUUCGUCACUGAGCACGAUUUAGUUUGAGUAUGGAUAAGUCUGCGACAAUACUUAAAGUCGUGAAAUUUCUUUGGUCUAAUAUGCAAGACGAACUAUAUUUAGCUCAAGUUUAGAUGACAAUUCAACGACAUCGAUUGCGCGCACAUUGCGAGAAAACACGCGAGAUAACAUCUCCGCCCACGCGCAGCCCUGUGUUACGCAUUGAUGCAUUUUAGGUAAGUACUGUCCAUAAGUGACUCUCUGUUUACUCGCUUAUAUUUCAGUUCCGCUCAAACUUUCUGGCAAUGGAACAAGGCGAACCUGGUGUCAACUUCGUCGAGAUCAAAUUGGAAGACAUUUUCAGUUCACGUUGGGAGAAACUUCGUUCAAGAACACGACGUAGUAGUAUCUUACAUCAACCCAGGUCUAGGACGAGGAGGUGAAUAUAAUAUUUCAUAAGAUUUGGUCAAUCUUUGGAAUCAUCUGAACACAUCUCUAACUCAUGUUUGCUUAAUCGUACAGGUUUCCGAGUCAGUCGUGGAAGUAUACGUAGCGAGGUUCCAAUAUCAGGUGGUCGCAGACUAACAAUUGGGUACUCCAUAGGGAAUAAUUACUCGCAGUCAAGGAGGAGGUUCGUAUCAUUCGAGUUUUACCUCUUCUUUUAGGGUAAAUCAUAACUGAAGAAAAAUUAAUCAAAUCUAACCUCUUGCGGUUUAUUUUAAAGGAUAAACACUGCACACACACGGCUACUGGAAGGUGGAGUUAGGACGCAAGUUCUUUUAAUAGGGAAGGUAAGGCACUCAUGGAGUAAUUCCUUCUCACGCGAUCAGCAACAACGAAGACCGAUUUUAGACCUUCAGAAAACCGUUAAUAAACGUAUCAAUCAAUGCUUAAGAAAUGUCUGAUUUGCUAAAAAGACUCUCAUAUCCAAAUACUUAAAAAAUCACUCCUAUUUUAUGAGACAUCAAACACAUUCAUUGUGAUACUUUUCCUAAGGAAACAUUCAGUAACCGGUGUUUCUUUUCGCAUUUCAGACUGAUUAAAGCCAGAAUUUUACUACAUACCCAUAAUUUUACGGGAGAUCGUAAUAUAUCAAGUGCUGUCCACAAUGGAGCAUCAGUAUCUUUGUGAUAUUUUUUAACACGGAGAUAGCCGCCAUGUUGGUUUGCACAAUCAUUUUGAAACAAUCCUUGUUACUUAAUGUAUAUCUACUGAAAAUAACCUCUUAACGAGGACAUAUGUAAGCAAAAGUGGGAUAGACUAUACUAUUUCUUAUCUCGGUUAGUUUUCUAGUACAUAUUUAUCCGUUCAACGUCUUUUAAAGAAUAUUAAUUUCACUUACAGCGCGCGAACAACUCAGCUUUAGUACAACUCGCUCGAAAGGCGUUCAUUAAGCAGCAAGCUACCGAACUAGUCUGUUUGCAUUUUAAUACUUAACUAGCAUGUUUAUUAGAGCAUUGGAGAGCUAAAAUAAAGAUUCAUUCCACAAGGUGAAUUGUGAAAGUUAUUUAUGUUUCGCAUAGAGAAACCGGAAGCCGUUAACAGUAACUAAACACAGCGUUUGAGAACACGCGCGUCUAAACCAAUCGGCGCAAUUCACUCAAACGGAAAUUCUAGAUAUUGAUUGAGCAAACCAAGAAAGCUACCCAUCGUGUCCAACAUCUCUUUCCAUUCUCACCCAUAUAACCAUCACCAAAGUAUUAUGAAAUGUUGAGAACGCGAAAUUUUAUAUUUUUAUUGUCUCUCAACGUUAACGAUCAAUAAUAUAUUACGUCUCUUUAGCAUUGCAGGCUUCUCGUAUGCCGUCUCUUCAGACUUAGCGACCUUAGUCCUAUUAGCACUGGGUAUUGUUGUAAUAGCCGUCCGUGAAAGUUAUUCCAAUUUUGAGGCAAUAAAUUUAUCCUUUUGCUUGAAGAGAAAUACCUUGUAUAUAUUUUUCUUCCUUUAUUGUAGGUACUGACCAAUUGGCGUCUUGUAUGACAUAUUGAUGACCGCCCACGCACGCACUGAAUCACAUUUACACGCCACAUAAACAAAGUUUUGACAAAAAGCGUCUUGCUCUUUACAACUUCGCUUGCCUGUGGAUCACAACAAUAAAUCUAUCCUUUUGCUUGAAGAAAAUACCUUGUAUAGGUCUGUUUUCUUUUACUGUAAGUGCUGACAUACGAUCCAUCUUAAAUAAAAAUUAGCAGCUAAAAAUAAAUCCCUCGACAACCAUAUCAAAAAUGCGCCGAAUAAGCAUUUCUUAACGCGCGCACGUGGACAAACAUACGCACACACCAGGUGCUUCGUUUACAGCUGAGCUAAAAAUGUGAUGACUCAACAAAUUGGGGAAAUACGGGUGGAUAUCAGCGCUAAAAAGCCACUGCCAAAUGCUAUAAAAGCACUGCGUCUCUGUUGUUCGAACAUCGAAGGAUUGCGCUGCUCAAGCUGUUUCAUCAUCAACAAGAACCAAGAUGGCUCACGUUUGCCACCAACCUACAGACCCAACAAAUUCAUUUGUGGAAAUCGUUCAGAUUGGAAGAAACUUCGUGCAUCAUAAAGAUGUGACGCUUUACUAUAACUCUGGUCAUGGAAGAGGAGGUAGACUAAGUGUGAUAGUUAUGUGUUAUGUGUUAUGUGUUAUGUGUAAGUUGACAUUUCUCUCCUCAUUUUAAUCCCUAAGAAUUUACAGCACACGGAGGAAAUAUAAGUCAUAUCGAACGCCACGGCAGAGAUCGAAGACUAACAAUUGAAACCAGAAGCGGACACAAAUUUGAUAUCACUCGCCAUAGAGGAGGAGGUUUGUAAAGUUUCAUCUGUGUGUUUCAGUUCAGACAUUUUAUCAUUGACCUCCGAUUUCAUGGUAGCAUACAAACCGUGAUUUAUUAGAUAUGAUUCGCCCCAGACAACUCACUUAUAAUGAUUCCGCACAACUGUAAAAACAUCCUCCCUGAUUUUGAGACAAUUUGUAUAUAGAGAGAACGUUUAAAUGGUUUAUGAAGGCUGGUAGACUUAAUGAUGUUGCGUCGAAUGCUGUUAAAUUACGCGCGUCCAGUUCUAGCUGUUAAAACCUGACCAAAAUAUUUAGCUACUGUUAGCCAAGAAGCUUAAAUAAUACCUUUCACCCUCUCUUUUCCUCACUCUAAAGGCUAUCAUUUGAACACUGGAGGAUACUGGCACAAAGAAGAACGUUUAUACCACUAAGCGCGAGGUAAGACACUUCAUACACAUCUUCCUCUCACGCAAUUCAAAGAAAGCGAUCUGCAUAUAUUUCAAUGAGCGAAACCUAUCUCGUCCACUGAAGUAUUAUGAUCUAUAUGUGGCAGUAAAAUUGAACUAUUUUACUUAAGCAAGAACGACAACUUUAAAUGAGUGUAGGUAAUAAUUCAAAAAAUACGCCAACUGAUCUACAGUUACAUUUUGUUUUAUUGCAGGUUUUUCUUGGAGGAACCAUUAUCUUAAACUCUUUAUUAGUAAGUUUAUCACAAGAUCCUAGAAUAGCUAAGGCUGUAAUCGACGAAAAGGUUAAAAUUCUGUAAUCAGUUCAAAGAAAAUAAAAUUUGUAUUGUGUCAUCAAAGAGAGUGCUGUUCUCUUCUUUUGCAUGGUUCCAAUGUCAAACGUCCCCUUAGACCAUAAAAGGGAAGCUAAAAAUAGGUUUCUUAUCAAUCAGUUAAGAAUGUGCAGCCAAAGCAGAUAUUGUGCCGCGCAGGCGUGGAAAACGUCGAGUAGCGAAAUAUGACAAAACGAAGGAGAAAUAA